AUGUCUUUCUCCCUCCCCCGUAUCAUGGCCGCUGUGCGGCCACGUUUUGCGGGUGCCGCCGUCACUGCGCCGCGAGUUCUGUCUUCGUCCUCGACUCGUCUCUACUCCUCCACCAAAAGCGCAUACAACCCCCAGGACAUCCAGAACAUCUCGCACAACCCAGACCACAUCCAGUCGAAGCUGCCGCCCAAGAAGUUCCUGCGCAACGCGAAUCGCUUCCGCGAGUUUGAUAUGGAGGACCGCGUGUACGCCAUCACCGGUGGCGGCCGUGGAUUGGGAUUGUCGAUGGCCGAGGCCUUGAUUGAAGCGGGCGCAAAGGUCUACUGCCUGGACCGCCUCGAGGCGCCCCCCGCCGAAUUCUUCGCGGCCAAGGAGCGCGCGGCCACCGAGUACGGCGGCGCACUAGAGUACAUCCGCAUCGACGUGCGCAACGUGACGGAAGUCAACGACACCUUUGCGGCGAUUGCGGCUCAGAACGAGCGCCUGGACGGCCUGAUCGCCGCGGCGGGCAUCAACCACCUGCAGAGCGCGCUGGAACACUCGCAGCAAGCCCUGGACGACGUGAUGAGCAUCAACUACAACGGCGUGUUCAACUCGGCCACCGCGGCCGCUCGCCAGAUGUUCAACUACCAGCAGAAGGGCUCCAUUCUGCUCGUGGCCUCCAUGAGCGGCCUCAUCGCCAACAAGGGCAUGACCUCGCCCGUCUACAACUCGUCCAAGGCUGCCGUCAUCCAGCUGGCCCGCUCGCUCGCUAUGGAAUGGGGCCGCCACGGCAUCCGGGUCAACUCGCUCUGCCCGGGCCACAUCAUCACCCCCAUGGUUGAGGAUGUCUUCCAGCAGAACCCCGCUGCCCGCGCAACCUGGGAGGCUGAGAACAUGCUUGGCCGUCUGGCUAUGCCGGAGGAGUUCCGCGGCGCGGCCCUCUUCUCCCUUUCCGACGCCAGCAGCUUCAUGACCGGUACCACCAUGGUCAUCGACGGUGGUCACACCGCAUGGUAA